AUGAGCUGUAGACAGGAGUGUGCAGAGAUGAGCUGUAGACAGGAGUGUGCAGAGAUGAGCCGUGGACAGGAGUGUGCAGAGAUGAGCUGUGGACAGGAGUGUGCAGAGAUGAGCUGUGGACAGGAGUGUGCAGAGAUGAGCUGUGGACAGGAGUGUGCAGAGAUGAGCUGUGAACAGGAGUGUGCAGAGAUGAGCUGUGAACAGGAGUGUGCAGAGAUGAGCUGUGGACAGGAGUGUGCAGAGAUGAGCUGUAGAUGGGAGUGUGCAGAGAUGAUCUGUAGACAGAAGUGUGCAGAGAUGAGCUGUGGAUGGGAGUGUGCAGAGGUGAGCUGUAGAUGGGAGUGUGCACAGAUGAUCUGUAGAUGGGAGUGUGCAGAGGUGACCUGUGGACAGGAGUUUGAAGACGUGAGCUGUGGAUGGGUAGGAGUGGUGCAGAUGUGA